AUGGACCAAAAAAUAUAUUCCUUUCUUAAACAAGUUUACGUUUCUAAUCACAAUAAAAAAAUUCACUUUCUGAAUGAAGAUUAUUAUAAUUUCGUAAACAAAAGUGAAUCAUUUAAACUUUUCGAUUAUUGCUCAAACUAUUCAAUAUGUUUUUCUUCUAAAGAUGUUCUAAACAAAUGUUUGAAUAGUCCAGCACUCUUUACAAUUACAGAUCAGAACAUUAAAUAUGGUUCCUUUGCACUUUCACCAGUAUACUCACUCAUUGUUACAAUUAAAUGUGAAUAUUUCAACAGGAAUUCGACACUGUCAUCAUACACAUUUAAAGUUAACUUGGAUCAUUUUACGAAGCACCCGCACUUCAUUAAUCAUAUAUCUGUAAACAUUAAUGGGACUGUGUUGUUGCUUAGUUCAGACGUAGCAUGUUUUCUAGUUAACACACCAUAUGAACUAUCUAAAUUUGCAGAAUCGGAUUGCAAUGGAUGUAAUUUAACGCUAACAGAGCAAAUAAAUGGUAAUUUGUUAAUGAAGGGUAUGGCCCUUAACGAUAACAUUCAUGUAGUUAAGGCGUCAUGGAAUCCAGUCUUUUCAAACGCAUUUGUGAUAGUAACCAAUGAGUACGUAAGAGCAUCAAGCUCAGGAAAAGAUUCGGAAUUCGUAAUGGAUUUCAGUUCCUGCGAGUACAUGUCAUUCAUUAGAAUAUAUAACUUGGACAGGGGACUGGAAGAGCCGAUGUAUGAGCUGAGCAUAUCAGAGAGAAUGUGUAGACUAGGACAGAACUCAGGCUCGGAUACGAACUUUAAGUUUCAGAAGACGAGAGGAAGAUUAGUGGACAUAUUUAUAAAUUCAAACGAUAAAUCGAGUUUGGGAUCAUUCACACUCUUUGCACUCUCUAAUUACGGAUACAUGUUUUGCUACUGUCCGAUCAUAAUGAACACCAUGUACGACUUCACGAAGAACACGCCUCUGAUAAAGAAGUGUUUGGAGUUAUCCAAAAAGGGCUUUAAAACGAAAUUUGGAAAACAAGCGGCAAAUAAUAGAAAAACAAACUCGGAAAACGGGAACAAUGAAUCGUACGAGUUAAAGAAGUUUAUUGCAAACAUAAACAAGUAUCUUAUAGGAAAUCGAGCUGACCUGGAGUUCUACCCAGUGGUCAUAAGGCUUCUCUCAAAUGAUUUUAUACCGGAUUGUAACUUAAUCUACUCGUACCCAGUGUUUGAGUCAUUCAUGGUGUUGUCAACAGAGCCAUUAAUAAUUAUCGUAUCGCAAUCGGAUUCAAAGAUAUCAGUGUACAGGCCGAAGCUGGACCUGUACCCAAGCACAUCAACGUUCUACGACGCAUCGUUGUUGAACGCGAUGCACAUGUGUUUUCACACUGAAUGCAUGGAUUUGGACUCGAAGGGAAAGAUGUCAUUAAAGCAACUAUCGCAAUCGGAUUUUCUAUAUUACUCACGGAAAGCAGUAUAUCAUUUUAACUAUAACAAUGGACUGUCAUUCGGGCCAUUAUUUGAUCAAAAGCAAUUUUCACAGAGCUUCUACUCAGAACCAAUAUUAAUUAAAUCAAAUAAAAGAGGCAAAGAAAACAAUGAACUGGCUCAACUUAACGACGUCUUAUCUAUUAUCAUCACACAUGAAUUUAAUAGGAACGGUUGCAAAAACUUAGAACUCGCUAAUUCGAUAAUGAUGACAAAGUAUACUCAAUCGGAUACAGCUGAAUCUUCUCAAAACUUAACCAUUACAUAUGCGUCAACCCUGACGAUGCCGUCACUUUCUGCAACGCCUAAUGAACUGGAGCAAAUAAUUAAGACGAACACCGACUUGUUUAUGAAGAUAAACAACGCGAAGAAGAUGGUCAAUGGCUAUAAGGAAAUAUUCAAAUCGCUCAAGAGUUCAAGUGAUAAAGAGGACAUGAACGAAAAAUCGGUUGAAAUGAUUAAGGGAUUAGCCAAGUUGGACUCAGAUGUCAUAACUAACUUGGAAUUGUUACCGGUGUAUGAAAAGGCAGUUUCUGAGUAUGUUACGAUGAGUAACGAAUCAUCAGAGCUAAUUGACGACUUCUUUAACGAGACUAUUGACCACUACCACACAUUAUUUAACCAGGUUAAGGCGAGAAUAGCUAAAAUUAAUGAGAGACGUAAGUGGAUGUCAGCGAGGCACUCUGAGAUUAUGCAGGCCUUACUUUUGUACAAUAGUGUCAAGAACGUGGAAGACACCGUCGAGCAGGUUUCAAAUAUGAUUUCGGAGUUUCACCUUCGAUACUCGAACAUAAUUCUGAGCAAGUUUGACGAGCACAUGAACAGUUACACUUUCGUUCCAAGUACUCUACUUAACAAGACGAUAGAGAUGGAUCAUUGGUUCUAUACGGCAUAUAAGAACAAUGUGGACAUGAUGUAUAAAAUAUACUCAAGGAUUAAGACGAUCAGGACAUCAAUGGACACCAUGAUUUAA